CCCAGACUAGACCGGCAGAUGGGGAGAAACAAAAACAACAGCUCGCAUUAAAGGCCUGCCUGCAUCCGCUGCAAUACUCGUCCAAUGCAACGGAGAAAACAGCCUGCCGGAUGUUUUUAGGUGAGUGAGGCAAAAAUAGCUCUGACAUGUCUCUGGCUGUGACCAAGCCCCUCUCCGCUUGGCUCUGUCAAUCAAAGGCCCGAACAAGAUGGCAGGCUGCUGCGGGAGCUGGCUCUUCUUUUUAACAGUUUGUGCUGUCAGUCUGCUCGGGGCCAAAGCAGAGAUCAAAUUGACCGUUCCUGUGGGGAGGUUAUUCACAUACGAGCUGUUGAGAGAGACUUUCCAGAACGACAUUGAACCUCGGUCAAAACUCUACGCUAUCCACGAUGACCCCAUGAUUUUUAAAUGCAACCGGCAGAAUUUCCCAGACCUACCCGAGUGGCUGCGCUUCACCCAAAGGCACCCCUUGGAUAAUGGCUUCCUGUACGGAACGCCAAUGUCCCCGGGGGAAAAGUUGAUAGAAGUCUAUGCCAUCAACAAACGGAGCUAUGAUACAACCAGACAAAUAUUUGUAAUCAAAGCCGUUGCAGAGAAGAUGAUUCCCUAUCAGGCCGAGUUCUUCCUCAAGCUGAGGGAGAUUGAGAAGGUGCUGCCCUCUACUGUUCAGGGGGAGAUACAGCAGGAUCUGCAGAAGCUGUGGAAGACUGAGGACUUGGAAAUCGUCAACAUUUCAAACGCUCUGGACCGUGGCGGCAGAGUCCCUCUACCUCUGGCAGGACACUUUGAAGGGGUGUAUGUGAAGGUGGGGUCUCAGAAGUACUUCUCCCGCUGUCUCCUGGGGACGCUGACAGCCGAGUACGAGAAGCAGUGCACAGCAGGAGCCAAAGUCAAAGUCCCCGGAGAAUGUAACUUCUGCAGCAUCCCCAGCAACUGUAUCAGCUGGUGCAAGAUUGAGCUGUUUGAUCUGACUAAACAGGAGCCGGCUCCCCCUGCUCCCACUCUGGGCUCGGGGAUCCUGGAGGACGGGGGCGACUUCGACCCCCCCGAGUCUCCCCUGAGCAGAGACUACUUCCCCGACUACAUCGUGACAGUGAUCGUGCCCCUGAUCCUCGCCGUCAUCCUGUUCCUCAUGCUGGCCUACAUCAUGUUCGGCAGACGAGAGGGAGUUAUGAAAAGGAAUGCAAAAACAAACCAGAUCCAGCUGUACCACCACAACACCAUUCUGGAGAACACCGACGAGCUGAGGAACAUGGCAGCAAACCGCCGUCUCCCUCCACCCCUGUCCACGCUGCCCAUGUUUAACUACAGGACCGGGGAGGAGGCACCACCUCUGCAGUCUGACAACAUCCCUCUCAUCAUGGCCCAGCACGAUCCUUACAGUGACACCCUGCCCAGGUAA